GCUUUGCAUUAGCGUCUAUCCGCAUCCUUUCUCUCGCCUCAUUCCUGUCUAUUUGCGUACAUAUCUUCGUGUUCAUGCCGUUAUAUGCAUCUCAAUUCCGUAGUUCUCUUGCUCUCUCUAUAUACAUACUAAUACUAUUACUGCUGCGACUGAAUUAUAAUCGCCAGAUCUUCUUUAUUCACGACUAUCUUCAUUUUUGCGUUAAUUCUUAAAAUUCUUUUGCUCAAAUCCGUGUAUUUUUAGAGAUACGUUAGUUAUAUACAGAGAGGACGUAGGUAAGGAGUUGUUGGGUGAUUUGGAUGGCAGUGAUGGCUGUCCCGGAGCCCUUGAUGAUGCUGGUGGUGAUGGCGGCGGCCGCCACACUAAUUACAGCUGCGAAUGGUGUCUCCGGGACAUUUCCGAGGAGUGUAAUGACUUUAGAAAGGGCAUUUCCGGCGAACCAGAAGGUGGAAUUAGAGGAGCUUAGGGCUCGGGACCGAUUAAGGCACGCCCGGCUCUUGCAGAAUUUCGCAGGUGGCAUCGCUAAUUUUCCGGUUAUCGGUUCGUCGGACCCGUAUUUAGUAGGGCUUUAUUUCACAAGGAUAAAAUUGGGGUCUCCACCAAGAGAAUUCAAUGUGCAGAUCGAUACUGGAAGUGAUAUCCUAUGGGUUACUUGCAGUUCCUGCAAUAACUGUCCUAGGACUAGUGGUCUUGGGGUUGAGCUUAGCUUCUAUGAUGCUGCCAGCUCAUCAACUGCUGCACACAUUUCUUGUUCAGACCGAAUAUGUGAUUCUAUUAUUCGGACUGCCUCUGCCUCUGCCCAAUGCUCUGCUGAAAGCAACCAGUGUAGUUAUUCAUUCCAGUAUGGAGAUGCAAGUGGCACAUCUGGUCAAUACGUAUCAGAUAUGCUAUACUUUGACACAGUCCUUGGGGCUUCAUUGAUAGCCAACUCUUCAGCACCAAUAGUUUUCGGGUGCAGCACCUCUCAGUCUGGGAGUCUAACUUUACCAGACAGAGCAGUUGAUGGUAUUUUUGGGUUUGGUCAACAUGACCUUUCUGUUAUAUCACAAUUGUCAUCUCGUGGGAUUACUCCAAAAGUGUUUUCACAUUGUUUAAAAGGAGAGGGAAGUGGUGGAGGGAUACUAGUUCUUGGUGAGAUUUUGGAUCCAAGAAUCGUUUAUACUCCCCUUGUACCAUCACAGCUUCAUUAUAAUGUAUAUUUGCAGAGCAUUGCUGUGAAUGGACAAUUGUUGCCUAUUGAUCCAGAAGUGUUUGCAACAUCUGGAAAUUGUGGAACCAUUGUAGAUUCUGGGACAACUUUGGCUUAUCUUGUCCCUGAAGCUUAUGAACCCUUUGUCAGUGCUAUAACUUCUUCUGUCUCACAGUUAGCCAGGCCCGUCAUAUCUACUGGGAAACAGUGCUUUCUAGUUUCUACCAGCAUAACUGAGAUAUUUCCUUCAGUUUCUUUGAACUUUGCUGGUGGCGCAUCCAUGGCUUUAAGACCAUCAGAGUACCUUGUUCAUAUGGGAUUUGUUGAGGGGUCCUCAUUAUGGUGCAUCGGGUUUGAAAAAAUGGACUGUGUUACAAUACUAGGAGAUAUUAUUCUUAAAGAUAAGAUCUUUGUUUAUGAUUUAGCUCAUCAGAGAAUUGGUUGGGCUGAUUACGAUUGUUCUAUGUCAGUAAAUGUGUCCAUAACUUCUGGUAAGGAUGAAUUUAUCAGCUCUGGGCAGUUAAGCGUGAGCGGUUCAUCUAGCAGUGUAUUCCUUCAUCUGCAACCUACUCCUUGCAGAAUUUCUACUCAUCUUCUGCGAACAUUGAUCCUCAUGAUAGGGCUCGGGUUCUCAUUUUUGUAGCUCAAGCUACAGUUUUGGAUUCCAUUUUUUCUUGGCUUAUUGGCUUUGCCAAUUUAUAUUUAUAACAAUUGGCCAGCCAUUGUAGUAGUGUGUGGAUGAUUCCAUUGUUAGGCUUUCCUCGAACAUACAUUUCUUACCUAACCAAAGAUCAGGGAUGUCUCAAUGUGUUUCCUAACUCCAUCAUCUCUCAUACUAGACCGUUAUCUAUCCUGAAUUUCCACAUAUUAUCAUUAUAGCUGGAGAUGGUAAAACUGUAGGAAGUGAAGAUUGUAGCACUGUGAGGACAGGAUUAUGACAGUGGUUGAUGCCAAACUGGUGAAAUCGAAGCGGUAAAACGCGGAUGCUGAUGCAUUCAGCUCUUGGCAAGCUUAGUUGUAGCGGAUGGAUCUUGUAUCUUCCAUAAGUUUGUUGUAGUAUAACAGUAAAUUAUGUAUUUUGUAGUAUGUUUUGUUUAUCUUAUUUGUGUUUGGCAUAACCCCCCCACAUGGAAAUUGUACAACAUUUUAUGAAGAGUAUGCUAUCAAAUGAAUGUAUUGUUCUCCUAAAAGGCAA